UGUUGAGAGCUUGACGGUUGGAGUGAGCCGUGGGUAAGUGAUCUCUCUGCACAUUCAGCUCAGUGGAAGCAGCCAGAGUGGAUACAGGACAUCACAGACUGGGCUUUCACUCCUUUAUUACUAUUUGUUUUUCUCGUGUUUGUGCCUCAUUCAUGGAAUUUAAAAAACAUUUCUCCUCUCUUCUUCUUCUUCACUGCGAAGACAAACUCGGAGGUGGAGUUUAAAUGGAGAGUUUCUCCUGGUAGCAGGGCAGAACUCCGGCUUCCACCUGAGGAACGAAAGAUGAAAAGUUUGCUCUUUGUGACCUUGUGUCUCUCGACGUGUCCACUCAUGGUCGACGGCCGACAUCCCACCUGUAACUUCCUGUUGGAGGUGGAGAGGGACCAGGCGGAGUGUGAGAAACGGCUGAGGGAGGAGGAGGCCGGCGGUGGUGGUAAAGAGCCGGGAUGCAAAGGAACUUGGGACAUCAUCGCGUGCUGGGAGCGGGCUGCGUUCGGCGAGACCGUGACAAUCCCCUGUCCUCGAGUCCUCAAAACUAUAUUCGGCAGAAACGGCAACAUCAGCAGGAACUGCACCUCGGCGGGAUGGUCCGAGGUUUUCCCAAACAUAACCAGCGUGUGCGGCUCGGACACCAGCCAGGACAAGCUUGUCUUCUACGUGGUCGUGCAGACAUUGUACACCCUGGGUCACAGUCUGUCUUUGAUCGCCCUCACCACAGGGAGCGCCAUCCUCUGUCUGUUCCGGAAACUCCACUGUACCAGGAACUACAUCCACCUCAACCUCUUCUUCUCCUUCAUCCUGAGAGCCGUGGCCGUGCUGGUGAAAGACGACAUCCUCUUCAACCGGACGUCCCAGUGCUCCAACCAGCCAUCGCUGGUGGGGUGUAAAGCCAGCUUGGUGUUUUUCCAGUAUUUCAUCAUGGCCAACUUCUUCUGGCUGCUGGUGGAGGGCCUGUACCUCCACACACUGCUGGUCGUCAUUUUCUCUGAAAACCGGCACUUUAUCGUCUACAUGUUCAUCGGCUGGGGAAUCCCCACUGUGUUCGUUUCUGCCUGGGUCAUAACAAGGAUUUAUCUGGAAGACACGGGGUGCUGGGAGAGAAACGAGAACCCCAUACCCAACUGGGUGAUCAACGGACCAAUCGGAUUCUCCAUCAUGGUGAACUUCAUCCAGUUCAUCAGCAUCAUUCGGAUCUUGGUUCAGAAGCUGAGGUGUCCUGACGUGGGCGGCAACGACCAAUCACAAUACAGGAGGCUUGCCAAAUCCACUCUCCUCCUCAUCCCUCUGUUUGGGAUCCACUACGUGGUCUUUGUGUCUCUGAGUGAAUCCAUCGCAGAAGAUUAUAAAAUAUUUUUCGACCUGGCCCUCGGAUCCUUUCAGGGUCUGGUGGUGGCCAUUUUAUACUGUUUCCUAAACAGCGAGGUUCAGAGUGAGAUAAAGAGAAAGUGGCGGAGCAUGUGUCUGAACUGCCGCCUGAGCAGAAAACACCACUUCAGCAGCAACCUCGCCUCCAGGAACGGUUCAGAGCACAUGGUGCAGUUCCACCGCAACUCCCGAACCCAGUCCAUCCUGCAGUCAGAGACCACGGUGCUGUGAGACCUGCAGGGUUGACCUGAGUGGAAUCGUGUUGAAACCAUUCAGAAAAGCCGUGACCUGAGAAGAAGUACCACAUGGGUGGGACCCGCGCACCAUUUCAGAGCAGAUUUUGGUUUUAGCUUUACAAAUCUCUGGAAAGCCUUCAAGUGUCCCUCACGUGGACGUAAAGCCGUUCAGAUCUGUCCUCUGAGGUGAACUUGUGCUGUUGCUGCCAACGAAGAGCAAUUUUUAUUCUCUGUUUUUAUGUUACGCUAGCUGACAAGAGUCGGGAAAGUCAUCUGCAGCUUCACGUAAAAUGUACAUACUUGAACAGGAAAGGAUGCACGUUUACUCAACUGGUGUUCAGAUGCAUAUAAAUAAAAAAAAAUAAAAAAAAGUGCAUUAGCUAUAAAGGGAAAUCUUGCAAUACCCCAUUAUUGAGUUUGUUACAUAAGCCUUUAUUUUAUUGCUUCAGCAGCUAGCCUCGACCCCAGCCUAAACUUCUUGCACCUACAACUCUUUGAUCAUCUUUAACCUUUGACUCAUAAUGCUCCAUCACACACACAGACAUAGGGCAAAAAUAACAGAAAUAUCUGCCUUUAAAAGAUACGUGCAUUUGCAGUUUGUAUUCAUGGUGUGUGAGAAUACAUACUGGAGCUUUAGUUAAUUCAAAUACGCCAGAAACAUAAAACAAAGCAACUUAAAAUGCUGUGCGCACAGCUUGUCUGGAGUCUCUUCACUGGGAACUGAUUAUGCUCCUGCAAAGAUUUGUUUUGGGGCAGUGCUUUAUGUCAUAGUCAUAUAUGUCAUCUGAGCACGGUUUGGCUAAAUUAGUAAUAAAAUGGCUCUGAUUUAUUGGUGGUCUAUCAGAGGUAUUUUCUUUUACUGUAUCAGUUUAAACCAUAGACUGUAUAUAAAGAUGGACAAUGCGUCCCCACCUCCUUGUAUUAGCCAGACUGAUGCUGUUUUCCCAGGGAGCUGCGAUAUUGAUGAUGUGAUAUUAAUAAUUAGAACUACACUCUGCUCUACCUCCACCCAUUACAAGUAAAUGUUGGAUUAUACAUUGAAUUUAUUUAUUUCAAACUCUCACAAUCCCACAAAUAAAUAACAAACUUAAACUAAAUGUAUCCAAAUAUAAUGACACUGGAACAUCAACAUAAUAUUAACUACCUACAAUGAGAGAAACCAUCCUUACAAAAAAAUGAUUUGACUUGUAUUUUAGUGUUAUCAUUUGGCCUAAGCCCAACCCACUAACAUGGAGGGGGUGGAGCUUAUGAACUAUACUGCAGGCAGCCACCAGGGGGAGCUCUGCUUGCUUUGGCUUCACUUUCAAAAAGCUGUUCCCCUGUCCAUAUUUAUACAUUUUGUAGUUUAAACAACAUGAAAUCAAAAUGACCUGUUUCCAAACUAAUAUUCUGAUAAGAAUUUACUCUGAUCUACGCCAGACUAAGCAGAAGCAGGUUUCCCAGACAUUUCUACAGGACAGCUGCUUGUAAGUUAUGUUUUUCUUCCGUUUUAUGUUUUAAAAGUAAGCACAGUGGCCACACCCACCCAUCUGAUACUUAAUAUUACGACAAAGAAUAAUGCAGGAGCGCAUUUUGACCCAGGUUGUCUGGGCUCACGGUGAAAACACUGGUACACACAGGGUUGUUCUGUGCCGUCUCAUUUUCAAUGUACAUUUUAAGGAGCUGCCGUCAUUGAAGUGCUGUGCAUGUUUCAAACCUUUAACUUGUGCUAUGAUGGUUUUGCCGCUACACUCAGAUAUGUGUGAACAGGACCAAGAGCGCAGAUUUGGAAAGUGUAGAAGUGUCCACCAGGAACUUGUGUUGGGACUGGUCAUGCUUGGAGUUUUUCGUUUGAACUGUAAAAGCUUUACUUCUCAAAUUUUUGUAAUCUGCAAUUUGAACAGACGAGAGAAUGCAGUGCUAAGCCGGUGUGGGAUGCACCAGUGUGCGCUCAUGUUUUUUCUUUUUAAACCUGAAACAGAUGCAAGUAUUGAAGAGGAGGUUUGUGCCGAUCUUUUUUACAUUUCCAUCCACUCCCACUGAUUUCCUCAAAAGAUUUGAUCCGUCCCACCCACGACACUGUUGAAAAUCUUGUUUGCCGCAACCCACAGUGCAAACAAGACCCAUGUAACCCUUAAUUAGUUUAGUUUUGUCUGUGGAAGUUCAUUAAAGCAACUCUGAAAUACCUGAAACUAAAAAACAACAAGAUGAUGAAACAAUUAGAAACCAAAUACUUUUUAGCUGCCAUAGGACUGUUGUUCUUUGUUAUGUUAUGGUUAAAAUUACAUUUAAAGAACCAACAAGUUGAACGGAUUUCAAAGUUUACAGUUUUAUUUUUGGCAAAAAAAGGUAUUUUGUCAGUUUCUUUUCGUCCAUUGGUUUACUGUUAUUUUUGAUGCUGUUGUUGGUGUAUUUUAUCAUUAAUAUAGUUUUCCCAGAUUGUGAUUUUGUGGAUUAAGUAUAGCAAGUUCACUUUACAGGUCUUAGGCUUAGGGUUAGGGUUAGGGACCUGGAUGACUGAACAACCUUCACAAAAAAAGACUUGUCUGCUCACACCCAUCAGUUCAGAUUUUGGAGGUGGCCAUAAAUAAUUUACUGCAACAGAAGCAUCUCUGAUAGUCUCCAGUCAAAACAAAGCUCUCUGGUGGACACAGGUGAUAAUCCGCAAGUAAAUGCUAACCACUUUGCAUAUGGAUGAGAGUAUGAUUGGUUUUAUUCAUGCAGGAAGUGUUACGAAGCGUUUGCAUGAUAUACUCAGUGUUUGCUCUCUUCUCUUUGCUCUCUCUUUUUUUUUUUUUUUACUGUUGGUAAAUGGCUGUUAAUGUGUCAUUUCUUGUACAGUAAACUCCAGUGUAAUUUGUCAAGAAAUGACAAGAAAAAAAAGAAAACGCUUGCUCUUAUGCGAUGUGCUAUAUUUUUCUUUUUAAAUGUCGUAUUUAAAUGUCCCCACAAGGUGGGGGGAAAAUAUCUGGUGACACUUGACUUAAGGCAUACAGAAUAUUUUAUUUUAAGUGAGUGCUUUGUCACACUAUUAUACACAAAGUAUAAGCUAAGUCACUUAAAGGCUUGAAUAAGUGAUUUGAAUCUAUCAUGUAUAAAUGUAUGUUAGCACCACUCAAAGUGAACCAAACCAGUGAUCUGAUAUACUGUACAUGGACUGGCAGCCAGAACUCACUGUGCCUUGAAGGAUGCUGCAGCAGAGAAGUUUGGGCCAAAUAAACAUGUGAUUAAGUUCUUAAUGACUAUCUGUAGUGUGGUGUAUAAAAUAUGUUAACAAAAAAAAAAAAAAAAAAGGAAAUACAUUAAAGCUGGAUGAGCUAUAUACAGUUGAAUAUCAUCUGCAUAACAGCGGAUAUUAUUGUUAUAACUACAUGUACUGAGGCGUAAUCUACCCAAGUUUGAUAUAUUUUAUUAGUUUGUUGAGAGCAUUUAUAGUUGAUUGAUGAUGCAGUCAGUGUCAGGUAGUUGUAUGGGUGCUGAAUUACCUCAUGGAUUAUCAGAUAAUCUGGCGAUUAAUGUUUUUUUUCUUCCACUUAAUAGACCAUAAUAUUCAUUGACAAAAUAAAAUAAAUAUUUAGAUUUAAAAAUCAAAAACAAGGAAGAAUUUGUUAAUUUAGCUUAAACAGGUUAUCUCUAAUUACUUAAAUAUUACUAAAACAAAAAAAAAAAUUUAAACCCUGACAAAUUGAUUCAUAUGAUAAAUAUGAUGCAUAAUGUUCACACGACAACAAUACAGCUGUAUGCCUUGAGAAAAGUAUUACCAAAUAUCUUACAAAGAUGUCACCAUGUUACUCAGUUUAUCAUUAGAAGCGGUCGAGAAUAUACACAACCACAUACAACACAGUUGUUGACUUGUCCAGUGAUUUCAUAUUUAAUGUUGACUGACAUGAUGCUGAGUUUUGUGUCUUUAUGAAACACGUGCAUUUGUACUGAGACACCAUGAAUGUCAUAUAAAAGAUGAUUGAUAAAGGCAAUCUUUGUAAGCAUU